UACUUGCACCAACUGGUGUAGUAGCUUUCAACAUCAAUAGUGCUACUAUCUACUCAGUUUUUUCUAUUCUAAUUGCUACAAAAGAUGUUGAAUUAACAGGUGAACGGCUAAAACAGCUCCAAAUAUGUGAUCUUCCAAUAUAUGCUAAAAAUUCUCGUCUAUCGAAUCCAAUAUCUGAAGAUAAGCGAUUAAUUUAUAGCCAAUUUGGAGAAAUUUACAAACUUGAAGUUGUGCAAUGUCAAGCUGGAGAAUCAGAUGAGCUAAUAACACGACCACAGGAGAAUUUACCUCUAUCAAAACAGAAAGCUUUCUUAAAUAUCACUUGUCUUUUACCAAAAUGGAAAGAUAUUGCUGAAUUUAAUAAAAACAAGCUUCGCCUUAAAUCUGAGAUAUUACUGGCAAAGGGUGCAUGUGUCAUGCUUAGCACAAAUUUUUGGACUACUGCUGGUCUUGUUAAUAGAGCAAUGAGAACUAUUGAAGAUAUUAUUUUUAAUAAUAAUAGACCCACUUCUCUUCCUACUGCCAUUCUGAUAUCAUUUGAAAAAUAUAAUAGACCUACUAUUACUAUUUCUAAAGGCAUUAGAGUUGUUCCAAUUGCCCUAUACAAUGCAUAUAGGAU